AUGAGUAGAGAUUAUUCUCGUAGGCAACGCUGUAAUCAGCGGAUACAGUUCGUCGGAGAUGAGGAAGAAGAGAUAAAGAAAGGACCGUGGAAGGAAGAAGAAGAUCAAGUGCUCAUAAGCCAUGUCCACAAGUACGGUCCUAGAGACUGGAGCUCCAUUCGAUCCAAAGGCCUCCUUCGCCGCACCGGCAAAUCCUGUCGCCUCCGCUGGGUUAACAAACUCCGUCCGGACUUGAAAAGUGGGGUGAAGUUUUCAACAGAAGAGGAGAGAAUGGUGAUAGAGUUACAAUCACAAAUCGGAAACAAAUGGGCGAGGAUUGCGACUCAAUUGCCUGGGAGAACCGACAACGACGUGAAGAAUUUCUGGAGUAGUAGGCAGAAGAGGCUAACCAGGCUUCUGCAUAACACAAAUUUGCCGGAAUCAUCGAAUUCUCAAACUAUCUACCAAGAAGGGGAAGCUUCAGAUCAUCCCGCAACUAAUCCAGAGGUACACCAGAUAUUGAACUCAUCAGUCAACAUAUUUGAUAACAACCCUGAGAUGAUGAUGAUGAACAUGUUACCAUUUUCAUUGCCAUUGCCUGAUUUAUCAACCCAAGCAGAUUUGUUCAAUGCACAACAUGUCGUACUAGAGAUGCCUUUACCUUUACAGAUGAUUCCUGAUCCCUGUUUCUGUUUGGAAAAUCUUGAAGAUGUGUUUGGACAUGGUAAUGGUAAUGUUGGUGGAAAUGGGUUAGUUGAUAAUAUGUCGAGUCUUCCAAUAUUGGAACCACCAUGUUUCAGCUCACUUGAUGGGAAUUGUCAAGGAAGUAACAGUAAUGGAGAAAGAGGAAGAUCAGAUGAGAUGAAUGAAUGCUGCCCUGAAAUAACCGGAGAAGAUAUCUUUGAUGACUUUCCUCCUGACAUGUUUGAUCAUAUUGAGACACUUCCUAGCCCAUCAAAAUGGUAAAUUUUCAUUUGUAAUGAAAUGCUUUCUUUUACAUGUUAUGGAAAACUUAACAAAAACAAAACC